AUGUCCCGAGCGGAAUACCUACAGAAGUACCUAACGAAGGACGACUCCACGAAGAAGAAGGCGAAGAAACGGAAGCGCAAAGAUACCGGCGUGAUUAUCGCGGACGACGAUGUACUGGGUUGGAAUAAUAACAAGGAAGAUGGGGAUGAGGAUGAUCCAGUUACCAUUGGCGAAAUGACAAAAGCCUUCCGCCGGACGACAAAAUCCAACUGGACAAUAAACCCAGAGAACCCGGAAGACCAACCGGCAAUCGUUGAAGAAGAUGGUGGAAGGCCCACAACAAUACAAAAAAUGUCCAGCGGCGCCCACGCCGGCCUGCAAACCGCCGCUCAGGUAGCCGCCCAAAUGGAGCGCCAGCGAAAAGCAGAAGCCGCACGCUUCGCAGCGGAGGACCCAGAGACCAGCGGGAGGGGGCAAGAGACCAUCUACCGCGAUGCCUCAGGACGAAUAAUCAACGUCGCUAUGGCCCGCGCCGAGGCCAGGAAGAAACUGGAAGAGGAAGAGGCCAAGCAGCGGAAGUUGGAGGAGCACUUGAAGGGUGAUGUGCAGCUCGUGCAGAAGGCUGAGAGGAAGAAGGAACUCGAAGACGCGAAGUAUGCGCCUAUGGCGCGUUACGCCGACGAUACAGAGCUCAACGAGGAAUUGAAGGAGCGGGACCGCUGGAAUGAUCCUGCGAUGGCAUUUCUAAGCAAUAAGAAGAAGGGAGUUAGCAAGACGGGGAGGCCACUGUAUCAGGGUGCCGCGCCGCCGAAUAGGUAUGGGAUCUUACCGGGACAUAGGUGGGAUGGUGUCGACCGGGGGAAUGGCUGGGAGAAGAAAUGGUUUCAAGCACAGAAUAAUAGGAAGAAUAGGGCGCAGAUCGAGCAUGAUAUGGAGAUUGAUGUUUAGACAUCGGUGUGCUCAAUUGAUGUUCCUAAUAUUCCUCUUCUUCCCCUCCCCCACACGGGUAUCAAAUUUGUAGCAUAGUGUAAAUGUUCUAAUGAUCCGGUCGAGGGGUUUAUCGAUAAGGCAAGCCCGAUUGCGCUGUGCAGUACUGUAAGAUAGGUUUACAAUAACAUCUACUAUGAUACC